CUCACUCUCAGUCUCAGUCUCACUAUCACUAUCAGUAAUCAGUGUGUCACUGUCAGUGCCUGGCUAGCCCCAUCGACAUCCUAUCUCAUGGCUCAGCCAAGGUGCAAGUCGGCUUCGAGUUAGGCUGUAGCCACAGUACUCUUCAGUGUAGAUGGCGCUAACUGGUCUGUGUUUGUCCUGCUGCGUGAGACGAAGAAACAACAGCCGAUUGUACCUUUUCCGACGGGAUGAAGAUGGGAUAAGCAUGAGCUCGUUACCCAGUACUAUUGCUACUAGCCUAUCACAGGAUGUGCUUGCUAUUGUAACACGACCUGUGGAUGAAUAUAAGCUGCGGCAGAUCCACGCUGCAUCCGUUAAUGGAGAAAAAUCGCUGCUUCAGAAGCUCAUAGCAGGAAACCAGCUUCUCAUCGAUGCUGGGGACCAGUUUGGACGUACAGCGCUGAUGUUUGCCGUACUGGUGGAUAGAGUGGACUGCGCUGAAUGGUUGCUGAAGAACGGGUCUAACAUCAAGACGAGGGACAAGGCUGGGAGAACGGCACUGCACUGGGCUUCCUACAAGGGCAACUACAAAUGCUUGAAGCUGUUACUGAACAAGCGAGCUGAUUGGUCAGACAAGGACCAUGAGGGUCAGACUGCCCUACACUUGGCCACACGUCACAAGUCGCCACGUUGUCUGGCACUCAUCCUCAAGCAACUGUCGGCUGGCGAAUUCGACGACCAGGACAAUAAUAAGACGGAGGUCGACAAGUGCAACGUGGGAGCUCUUGACAACAUGUUCCGCACGCCGCUGCACUGGGCCGCAGUUCUCGGUUAUGCGAACAUAGUGAAGAUGCUGCUGCACAGUGGAGCGGACCACGCAAGCUCAGACGCCAACGGCGCGACGCCGCUGCACUACGCCGCAGUACUCGUACUUCACGCGGCGGCGUUGUCGGGCCACGCGAGCUCCGUGCGUCUGCUACUCGAGGUCGGAGCAGACGUGAACGCAGCCGACAACAUGAAACACACGGCCAUCUUCCGCGCGUGCGAGAUUGGAAACACCGACGUCGUGAAGGCGCUCAUCGAGGGAGGCGCACGCCUAGACGGGUCCGACCAGGACGGUCGCUCCCCGCUGCACUGGGCGACGCUGGGCGGGCACGCGUACAUCUGCCUGACGCUGGCCGCGUACGCCGUUGACCCGGACCUGCGGGAUCACUCCGGGCGAUCACCGCUGCAGUGCGCCGCCUACGGAGGAUUUGUCAACUGCAUGUCCGUGCUCAUCGAGAACCAGGCCGACCUUGACCUCCAGGACAACGAGCCUACUGCCCUGGACUACGCGUUGAUGGGAGAGCACCAGGAGGUGGCGCAGUAUCUGAUAGAGCAGGGCGGACUGUCGAUCAACGCCAUACAGGACAUCGCCGUCGCCAAGAUUCAGGCUGUUUUCAGGGGCUACAGAGUACGAAAAACGUUCCUGAAGAGGAAAACUUUGCUUAUGAAGCAUGAGAAACUCAGAAAAGAUGCUGCCAUGAAACGUGCGAAGGAAGAGCUACAGAAAAAGACACAGGAGCAGGCAACGGGGAUCUUUUUCGACUCGCUGCCAACAAACGAGAGAAACAAAAAUCAAAACAACAACAACAAUGAAGCGUCGGCGAAAAUUCACAGAAGGCUCGAGGGAACGGACAUUGCACUGGUUGUGGAGGGCAAGAGCAUAUCGAAAUCGGAGUCCGAUGAGACGAAAACGAUCGAGAAAUCAGUAGGAAAAUCUACGAAGACGCCAUUGAAGGAUGCGAAACAUCCGGCGCUGAAGCAAGGUUAG